AUGAUAGGAAAAAUAAAAGAAUCAUCUUUAACAAAAAUUUUUACGCUUACCCUUCUGGUAUGGAUAUACCAGUGUUCUAAUGAGACAUUUUCUUGUGGAAAAACAUGGAAUAAGGAAAGCAACAAUAAUAGCACAUUGUGUGUAAGAGUUGCUAGGGGGUUGAGAGAAGAUGAAGAAAUGCUAACAGAACAGAGAAAUGCUUACCUUAAAGAAAAAUUGAUCAGUAUUAUAGAAGACGUAGAAGAAGACGAUGCAGAUGAUAAUGUAAAUUUUGCAAAACGAUUUAAUUCAUUAAUACAAGAAGAAAAAUUCCAAAAAGGAUUAAAUUCAUUGAUCAAGCAGGAAAAUAAAAAAAAGCAAAUGAACCCAUAUGAAUAUGAUGAUGAUUUUGUAAAAUUUCAUAAUUCAUUCAUUUUUAAUGGAAAUAAGAAUGAUAAUAAAAAUAUAAAUUUAAUAGAUCUUGAAGAUUAUCAAAAAGUACAAAAUAACAAAAAUAUUAAUAAGCAUCCUACAAAAGAGCCCAAUUUACAUGCUAAUACAAGCGAUUUCGAGAAACUACACAAUUCUUUUAAUUUUAAGAAACAAUCUACAGUAGAGCCAAAUCCAUUUUCUACUACAAGGGAUUUUGAGAAACUACACAAUUCUUUUAAUUUUAAGAAACAACCUACAAAAGAGACCAAUCCAUUUGUUACUACUAGCAAUUUUGAAAAGCAACAGAAUUUUAUUAAUUUAAAGAAAUCAAGUGCAGAGCCAUCGAAUUCACAGAAUACUAAUGAUGAUUUUGAAAAACGAUAUAAUGCAUUAAAAGACGACUAUUAUUCUGAUAAACUAUUUAAUGGCGCAUAUAAAAAUGAGAACAAUGAUCUUAAAGAAAAAACUCAACAUUUUAAUACAUUUGAUGGAAAAAAAAUAAUGCAUAAAAUUUCUAAAAAUGACUUUGAUGACUUAAAGAAAAAUGAAAGAACUAAUACACAGUUUGAUAAAAUGUAUAGUGGUUUGCUAAAGAACACAACUUUUGAGGCUGAAAAGAGAGUUCUAAAACUUGUAGAUGAUUAUCCAAAAGAUGAAGUAGAAAAACCACUCAUUGAUAUUGCAGAAAAUACACGAACAACCAGUUCUGAAAAAAAAACAAAUGUCGUAGGAAAUAAUCCUUACACUGAAAAUAGAAAGAAUGCAUUGUCAUAUGCUCAAAACAUGCAUAAAUUACUUAAUAAAUUAAAGUAUUAUAAUAAUGUUGAAACAGCCAUUGAUGCAUUAAAAAAUGAUGAUAGAUUUAAAAAAAUACUUGAAGAAUUACAACAAAAUAACGGAAUGGAAAAAUUAUUAUAUAUAUUGAAAUAUUCUGAUGAUUCUGAAGAAAUACUAUCAGAAUUAAAAAAAAGUGACAACAUCGAAAAACUAGUUUAUGUAUUUAAUUAUUUUGAAAAUAAUUCUAUAUCCCAUAAAAAGGAAGUGUCGAAAGAUAAUUCCAAUAUAAGCAGUAAAUUAUCAUCACUUAGCGCUAAAAAAAAAAAAACAAUAAUGUGGUUGAUGAAAAUGUUAAUUAAAUUUGAUAAAAUGUAUGAAGAUCAAUUAUUAUCCAUAUUCAGUUCUGAUUUAGAUGAUGAGGAAAUGAAAGAUAUUAGUGAAAAGAAAAAAAUACUUAAUUAUAUCCAAUAUUCUAAAAUUCUUUUACCAAUUGCCGUAGCUGUAAUAUUAAUAGCUAUUCUUAGCUCGUUUGGAACAGUUACAUAUUAUAUUUUCGCAUCCUUGUUAACUCUAUCAGCAAUAGGGUAUACUGGUUUUAAAGUAAAAAAAUGUCGUUACAAGAAAAAAGUAGAAAAAAUAAAUAAGAAAAAAGCACAAAAGUCAACAAAAUCUGAAUAG